CGGAAGGCCGGCCUGCCUCUGGCCGUGCAGGCUCGCGCUCCCCGCCCCCGGCCGCUCUGGGCUCUGCCAAGUGCUCGGUGCGCCCAGAAGUCGCGGCCGGGAGCUCGGAGCCCAGACGCUUGAGGAGGCAGCCCCAGUCCGGACUGCAAGACCGAGGGCGGCAAGAAGAGGCGAACAAAUAGUCCCCAGCGCCUCCUGCGGCCGCGGUCGGGGCGCGUGGUCCCAGUCGCCACCGGGUUGGCCGAGUCAGGCCGGGCCGAGCUCGGCUCACGGGCCGGGACCCGUGGGCUCUAAUUGCUGCUCUUAUGUUGAUGAUGAUUUUUUUUUUUUAAAUCACAGCAGCCCCCAGUUUAGCGGACUGAUUUACUCCUGGUAUUGGUAAAUAUGAUCACGUGGGCCGCGCGACCAAUGGUGGAGGCUGCAGCCUGCGAACUAGUCGGCGGCUCGGGCGCCGGCGGGGAGCGGCGCCGCGGCGGGCAGUGUAACCUUGGGUGGGAGCGCGGGGCGCCUCAAAAUGUCCUCCAGUGGCACCCUCAGCAACUACUACGUGGACUCUCUCAUAGGCCAUGAGGGAGACGAGGUGUUCGCCGGACGCUUCGGACCUCCAGGGCCUGGCACGCAGGGCAGGCCCGCAGGUGUGGCCGACAGCCCGGCCGCCGCCGCCGCCGAGUUCGCCUCGUGUAGUUUUGCCCCCAAAUCGGCCGUGUUCUCCGCCUCGUGGUCCGCGGUGCCCGCCCAGCCCCCGGCGGCGGCGGCGAUGAGCGGCCUUUACCACCCAUACGUGCCCCCGCCGCCCCUGGCCGCUUCCGCCUCCGAGCCCGGCCGCUACAUGCGCUCCUGGAUGGAGCCGCUGCCCGGCUUCCCGGGCGGUGCGGGCGGCGGCGGCGGCGGCGGCGGCGGCGGUAGCGGCGGUGGCCCGGGCCCCGGUCCCAGCCCCGGCCCCAGCGGCCCACCUAACGGGCGCCACUACGGGAUUAAGCCUGAAAGCGGAGCGGCCCCGACCCCCGCCGUCGCCGCCGCCACCACCUCCACCUCCUCCACUUCCUCGUCUUCCUCCUCCAAAAGGACUGAGUGCUCCGCGGCCCGAGAGUCCCAGGGGAGCGGCGGCCCCGAGUUCUCAUGCAACUCGUUCCUACGGGACAAGGUGGCAGCGGCGGCGGCUGGGGGAACCGGGCCCGGGGCGGGGAUCGGAUCCGGGUCCGGGGCAGGCGGCUCAUCGGAGCCCUCAGCUUGCAGCGACCACCCGAGCCCGGGCUGUCCGCUGAAGGAGGAAGAGAAGCAGCAUUCGCAGGCGCCGCAGCAGCAACUUGACCCAAACAACCCCGCAGCAAACUGGAUCCACGCUCGCUCCACCCGGAAAAAGCGCUGUCCCUACACCAAAUACCAGACGCUUGAGCUGGAGAAGGAAUUCCUCUUCAACAUGUACCUCACUCGGGACCGGCGCUAUGAGGUGGCAAGGAUUCUGAACCUUACAGAGAGACAGGUCAAAAUCUGGUUCCAGAAUCGUAGGAUGAAAAUGAAAAAGAUGAGCAAGGAGAAAUGCCCCAAGGGAGACUGACCCGGCGCGCGCUGGCAGGACUGCUCUGCUUUGCAAUGGCAGUGGGGUUUUUUUCUUUGUGGGUGCUUGAUUUCCAGAACUUCUCCAGCCAUUCGGACAUUCCCCCCACCCCAUUUUAUGUAGAAGUGACUGUGUGGUUGGUUUCUGUGAGGUAAUUUGGGGGACUCUGUAUUUGCUCGCUUAUGUGUUGGAGAAACCAAGUGGCUUUGGGGUUUUGCCCUAUCCUGCUCCCCUCUUUUCCUGUUCCGUUGGUUCCUUAGGAAAUGCCAUAUUUUGUGAGUGCACGCUGGUUUGAGGAGUCCUCUCCUGUGUAAAUGUCUCCUAUAUUUCUGAAAAGUGCUGUAGUUUAGCCCCGAGCGCUGCUUAGCGCUGCUCAAGCGGGGGCAAAGCGCACCCAAUUUCCGAGAGCGAAGGCAGCGACGACGGUGCGGAGGCCCGCUCGGGCCGAGCCCUGGCCGUGUUGCCCACCGGUUAUGAAAGCCCCUUUUCCUCAGGGAGGCCGUGGGCCCUCCACUGAGAUCUGGAAUGAGGCCAAGAGAGGAGCCCAGGGCCUCCGGUGGGUCAGGGGUUUCUUCUCAGUGCACUGGAGGAGCCGCACUCUCCCUGGGAGGGUUUGGCUCGCGUGGGCGGCCGCGGGUGUAGGCCCUCCCGGUUCCUGCCUGAGGACCAGUUGUAAAUGCUACCGCUUCCUACCAAUAAAUGCUGACCUGAUCAAAUGGA